CACAAGACUUCUAAAUCUUUAAAUUUUCUUUUCUUUUUCCAUUUCAACAUGGUUUCUCUUCAACUCCCCAUGGUUUUAGCUGUAUUCUUUCUUCAAUUGCGUUCGGGUGUUUAUUCAUCAACGUUUACAAUCAGAAACAAGUGCGACUAUCCAGUUUGGCCUGGGAUUCUCUCUGUUGCCGGAACACCAGAACUGUCCACCACAGGUUUUCUUCUCCAGCCAGGGGAAUCCUCAUCCCUCUCUGUUCCAACAUCCUGGUCAGGCCGUUUAGGGGGACGCACUCUCUGCACCCAAGAUUCCUUCGGUAAAUUCUCUUGUCUAACGGGCGAUUGCGGCUCUUCCACAAUGGAAUGUGCCGGUGGUGGCGCUGCUCCUCCUGCCACUCUGGCCAAAUUCACAUUAAACUGUGCAGGAGGGCUUGAUUUUUACGAGUUCAGUCUUGUGAACAGAUAUAAUCUGCCAAUGAUGGUGGCUCCACAGGGCGGAACGGGAGGGAACUGCUCGUCCACUGGAUGCGCCAUCGACUUGAACAAGGAUUGUCCGGUGGAGCUUAAGAUUAUUGACGGAAGCAAUGAAGGGGUGGCGUGCAAGAGCGCUGGCGAUGCGUUCGGAGACGCCCAGUACUGCUGCAGGGGGGCGCAUGCAUCACCGGACACCUGCAAGCCCAAUACUUACUCGGAAUUCUUCAAGAACGCCUGCCCUCAAGUUUAUAGCUAUGCAUAUGACGAUGUCACCAGCACAUCCACCUGUGCCGGCGCAGAUUUCAUCGUUACUUUCUGUCCCGGUCUUUCCACCAGAUUGAAUUUGAUACCAAAUGCAGCGAAGCCUGUUCUGAAAGAUACAGCUGCUAAAACAAGACCCUGCAGUAUUGCACCUACAACUGCUACUGGUCAUGUUGUUCAUGCCCUUCCUCGUAACCCCAGGAGGCUGCUGGCUAAACCGUCAGAUGUUAAUUUCCAUGCUCCCCCUUCAACCUCAAAUGAGAAGAGCUGGAAUUUGGAUAAGUUAGACCCGCCGAGCCCUCCCGCGCCAACUGGCAAUCGACCCAUUCAUCAUUAAGGUCUAGUGCACCUGUUUGAAUGAAUGAAGUUUGCGUAGUAUGAUAAAAAAUAUAUAUAUGUAUUAGUUCAGUGAAUAGAAUGUCAGUAUGGAAGUUCCUUCAAGGGGACCAGAUGGGAGUCGGCUUUCUCCAUUUUUAGUUUCCUUUGAUUAGGUUUUAUCUUUAGUUCUGAUGUAUUGUUAUUGAAUUUCUCUUUGUAUGUGGUUUAUUAAGAACAUUUAAAUAUAUAUUUUUUAAAAGA